AUGAAUUGUUCUAUUCAUUAUCAUCCUCCUUAUCACUCUCAUCAUCUGAGUAAUAAGAGACAUUCAAAAUAUUCAAAUGCUACUACUAAUAACAACGAUAUUGAUAAGGAUAUAUUCUAUCCAUUGGAAAAUAUUUGUCCAGAUGAUUCUGAUUUAUCAUUUAAACAAAAUGAAACAAUGAAUAGUACUAAUUUGCAUAGAUAUUAUUCACGUCGGACACCGAUGAGAGCACGUUUAAAUCAAUUUAAAAUAUUACAUCAUUAUAAUAAUCAUAAAAGAUUACAAAAUCGAUUAGUACUACCCAACCAAACAUGUAAAUUAUCAUCAAGUGAUAAGAAACAGCAACACCAACAGCAACAACAAAAACAACAAUCAUUGCGUAGUUAUCGUAAUCGUGUUCUACGAAUACUACAUGAUAAACAUCGUGUAAAAUUUUAUGAAGAAAGAGAAUUAAUCAAAAAAUUUAGUGAUGUUGAUCAUAUUGAUGAUGAUGAUGAUGAUGACGAUACUGAUAAUGAAGAUGAUGCCGAUGGCGGGCAUUAUGAAUCUGAUGAAAAAGAUGAAUACUACUAUCAUUAUCAUCAGGAUAAUGAGGCGGAUACUGUUUCUAUUGAAGCUGUUACUAAAGACAAUAAUGAUACUGUUGACGAGGAUGUAGACGCUGCUGAUGAUGGAAUUUGUGAUAAGCAUGUUGAACAUGGCGAAAAUUCCGUUUAUGCACAACCAGUAAAUGAAUGUAAUUUAACCGAGGUUACACACGAAGAGAAUAAUAAAAGUGAAGAACACCUACCUGAUCGUAUUAAUGAGGAAACAGUAAAAUGA